AUGGACAACAUUCAUUUCAAUAUCCAAAAAAUAAUUUAUAUAUUCCCAACCCAAACUCACACAAAAAAUAUCAAAAUCCUUUUUCCUUAUAUUUCCCAAUUUUUCACAAAUUUUCUUAUCCGCUUCUAUCACUUUCCAUAUUUCCCUGACCUUAUAACUCUGUGGAUAAAAAUGAAGCUACACACUCAGGUCGGUGAUUGGGAAGGCAACAAAAUCGCAGUCGUCGCUGCUUUCGCUGGAGUCGAACUCGAGAUUCCUCCAUUUGACCCAGCUCUCUUAAAAUCCAAAGACUUCGCAGCCAAGUCUGUAUUUAAGACUCUCCCUGUCCUCGAGACCCCUGAAGGUAGCAUUGCCAGAUCAAGCUCAGCCAUCAGAUACCUUGCAGCAGUCGGUGGAUCCGCUUUAUACCCAGCCAAUCCUAUUCACAAGGCCGAAGUUGACCAGUGGCUUGAGUACUCCCACGAUGAGCUCGAAAAGCCACUCCACACCUGGCUCAACUUUGUCUUCGGAAAAGUCCCUACCUGUGACGCUACCCUCAAACAAGCCCAAACUGACGUCAAAAAGUUCCUUUUCAUCAUCAACGAAAGGCUCAAAAAGGAAAAUUUUUUGGUCAGCCAAGCUUUGACAUUAGCUGACGUCGCUGUCGCCUCAAGCCUUGUCUGGGCUUUCAGAGCUCUUUUUGACGAACCUUACAGAAAGCCACUUCAAGGCGUCGCCAAAUGGUUCUUAAGUGUAUCUUCCCUUCCUGAAUUCCAAAAAGUCUGGGGACCUGCCAAGCUUGCCAAGGUUGCCUUAAAAGCUCCAGAAGCCGUCUCUAAGCCUGUAGAAGAGGUCAAAGAGAAACCAAAACCAAAAGAAGAAGCCAAAAAACCAAAGAAAAAGGCAGAAGAUGAAGAAGAGGAAGAAAAAGAAGAGAAAAAAGUCCACCCAUUUGAGCUAUUCUGUAUUAUUUUAUAUAUAAAAAUACUAAAAAUACUAACAAUAAUCAUUUUUUCUAGGAAAAAAGCAUACUCCCUCCUACAUCCUUUGUCCUUGAUGAAUGGAAAAAGAUCUACGCCAACUGCGCUGACAAGAGAUCCAUAAUCCACCACUUCUGGGAAAAAGUUGAUAAAGAAGGCUGGAGUGUCUGGUACUUCAAAUACCAAAAAUUAGAAGGAGAGUGCCAAGUCUUGUACCUGACUGAAAACCUCUUAGACGGAUUUUUACACAGAAUGGAAGGACUUAGAAGAUGGUCUUUUGGAACUCUCGGAAUUUAUGGAGCUGACGGAAACUUAUACAGAAAUAAAAUAAAUAAAGCAAAAAUGUAUUUUUAUUGGAAAAUUCAAUAGGAAAAGGGAUAGAUAUUAAAGGCUGCUUGUGCUGGAGAGGCCAAGACGUCCCACCAGAGCUUUUGGAACACCCACAGUGGGAGUACUAUGACAGGAAAAAAUUCGACCUUAACAGUGAUGACGACCAAAAACUCAUUAACGACUACUGGUGCAAUGUAGAAGAAAACACAACUGUGGAAGGAGUCCAGCCAAGAGCUAUCAGAUUCUGGAAGUAA